AUGCGCUCAAACUUCCGCUUGGGUACACUCGUGCUUACCGUGUUCAUUUUGCAAUUCGCACUGGUUACCGCUGUGCCCGGUUGGGAAAAGUUGCGUCAAUGGUGGUUUGGCGAGCCACCCGUGACCAGAUCAUUCGUGGUCGAUAAGGAACAAAAAAUCUUUCGCAAAGAUGGAAAACCGUUCCAAUACAUUUCCGGCAGUAUACACUACUUCCGAAUCCCGGUCGAAUAUUGGGACGAUCGAUUGGAAAAAAUGCGAGCGGCCGGUCUGGACGCGAUAGAAAUUUACGUGCCUUGGAACUAUCACGAACCCGAAGAAGGUGUGUACAACUUCGAAGGCAAUGCAAAUUUGGAACGAUUUCUGGAAAUGGCUGCCGCAAAGGACUUGUUGGUGAUUCUCCGUGUCGGCCCGUACAUCUGUGCAGAAUGGGAUUAUUUUAGCGACUCCGUUGCGCAUAUUCAACCAGCACUACUGAAUUAUACAUUGAUUUCAGAAUAUAUGACCGAAGUGACACGCUGGAUGGAUUUCCUGCUGCCAAAAAUGCGACGUUUUCUGUACACCUACGGUGGUCCGGUGAUCAUGGUUCAGUUGGAGAACGAAUACGGUAUGUAUUCAACGUGUCAACGAAGGUAUCUCGAACAACUGUACGAUAUGGCUCGUGUUCAUUUGGGCAAUGAGAUUAUUUUGUUCACCACGGACGGAGCAUCUGUGAGCUAUCUCCGAUGCGGUUCAUCCGACCCGCGUUAUUUGGCCACAAUCGAUUUCGGACCAAGUUCAGCGUCACCGAAUCAGAGCUUCAGUUCGGUGGAACAGUUCAGACCAAAUCAGCCUUGGGUCAACAGUGAAUUCUAUGUUGGUUGGUUCGAUGCGUGGGGUGGAUCACAUGCGCACAGAGAUGCCAAAUACAGCACCGACUACUUGAUUCGUCUUAUGAGCUUCUCCGAACGUGUCAAUGUGAACAUAUACAUGUUCCACGGCGGUACCAACUUUGGCUACACAGCGGGCACACCGGAUCAGGUUCCGUCCACAACAAGUUAUGACUACGAUGCGCCAAUAUCAGAAGCUGGAGAUGCGACGCCCAAGUAUAGGAUGUUGCAAGAAGCCAUUCAUAAAUUCCGAGGAAAACCAGUACCACCUCUACCACCCAAUAUUCCUCGCAUCUCUUACGGAAGAAUCGAAAUGAAACGGCUUGGUCACAUGUUAUUCGGACGAGAGGGAGGUGAAACAGCCGAAACACCGGUGAAUAUGGAGAAGUUGAGACAAUAUGAAGGCUUUGCCCUAUACACCACUGAACUGCCACAACUCGAUAACGGAGAGGUUACAUUAGAUUUCACCCGGUUUGCCGACAUUGCCUAUGUGUACACGGCGGAUAAGCAACGCACGCAAUUGAAAUUGCAUAAUGUGAUUCGUGGUGGACAAAAAUCAUGCAAAUUCACUCUGAACGAUCAAACACCAAAGGACCUUCUCAUGAUUCUUGUGGAAAACAGAGGUCACAGAAACUACGGUUGGGGUAUGAAAGAUAAUUUCAAGGGACUCAUCGGUGAGGUUAAAGCAAACGGACAAGUGCUAUCCCCAUGGACAAUGAUUGGUUUUGGCGAUGCCCCCAACAGCACCAAUUUGUGA